AGUAUCGCAGAACCAGCAGAUGCAUUCAAAACCAGUGUGAAUCUUGUCGCUCGUGUGGCCAACAGCAGAAUUUUACGUCUUUUUCAUGGCAGAUUGAAGGAUUUGUUGAGAAGUACAAGAAAAUGAAAGACAGGGCAGCUCUUUUGAAAGGCAGUUUACAUAAGUCCCCGUACAUUAAUACCAACAACUAAAAAUGUUGACAGUGAAUAGUGAACCUUUACUGCUGCAGGAGUGGUAUUGUUCAGACUGAACCAAUAAUAAAAUGAAUGGAUUCCCAUACUGUGGCCAGUCGAAAUUCUUUAUGCAAAUUGAAAAAUUUCAUUGAUGAAGACUGUGAUUUACCACACUUCAUUAAAAACAGAUUUGCUUGUGGAUUCCCUAAAGACUGGGUACUGUUAAGAAGAAAGUGGAUCAUGUUUUUAAAAGCAGGUUUGCCUGCACAAAUUGCAUCUAAGUUCAAAUGUGGAAUGCCACGGUUUUGGCAUAAGGUUUUAUAUAUGUGGAUUGUCUACGCUGACAGUAUUGAAGGUGAGACUCUUUCAUCAGUCAUAAACUUGUGGCAGACAACAGCAAAGAGAAAAAUAACAAUGUACCAGAGAAACUAUGUAAUGAUCAAGGCUCUAAUGCUUUGCCUGUAA